AGUUGACUUUGAUUACCUUUUGCAAAGCAAAAUGCCAAAGAUUUGAUAGUUUCUUUUUUCUAUGAUCUUAUCUUUAUUAACAUAACUAAAGUAUUUUGCUACAUUGAUGACCUCUCUCCCUUUUCAUUCCUUAAGAAAUUCUGUUUAGGCUCAACAAGAAUGGAGAUGUUAGUUCUUUUGUUAAUUUUAAUGUUGCUAUUUAGCUCCUGUUUUUCUGCUGACACUAAUCAGAAUGGCGGAGCAGAGUGUUCAGGCCCUGAUAAUGCUACCCUGGAGAAUGAAUACCAAAUUAAUUUCAACAAUCUAUUGAGUUCACUAGCAACAAAUGGACCUCUUCACAAUGGAUUCUACACAGCUAUAGCUGGUAAAGAUUCUAACAAGAUUUACGGUCUUACACAAUGUAGAGGUGAUCUUUCUGCAACAAACUGUGCUGCUUGCAUCAAGAACGCUACCACGAACCGUGGCUGCUCAACAAGCAAGAGUGUUACUAAAUGGUAUAAAUGGUGCUUUAUUCAGUACUCAAAUGAAAGCUUUUUUGGUGUAUGGGAUCGAUCUGCAGUGGCUCUUACCAACGAAACAGAUUUCGAUGAUCCGAAUGUAGUUCCUCAGGGUCUUAACUUUAUGAGUUAUCUUGUUUCUACAGCUCCAGAGCAGCCUUUAAUGUUUCAAACUGCGGUUUUGGAUGUUGGGAAAUAUGGGAAGAGGUAUGGGAUGGCUCAGUGCACUAGAGACGUAAGCCGCAGUGACUGUGGAAAGUGCUUUGAUUUUUUAUUGGUGACUUUUAGAACAACCAUUGGGAACAAAAGAAGAUGGGAGGUUUAUGGUCAUGGUUGUAGCAUGUGGUAUGAUGACUUUCAGUUCUACUUCAACUUCACAUUGCCUACAAAAUUACCGACAAAUAAAGGCGCAGUAAACUUGUCACCUGAACGAGUUGCGAUUGGCAUGAUUAUUCCAGUGCUAAUGUUCCUGUUAGUUCUCUAGUCACUGGAUGGCUUCGUUUGGUCAGCUAAAACAUUAGGACUGGAAACCGCGAAUCAAGUCAAGUAGCUGCAAGUGGGGUACCUAUAUUACAGUUUCCUUUCACUUUUAGAUUCUGUUUGUCAGGAUGGAAGAUGCGUUUGUAGUUGUAGGUUAGGUUAGGAUGAGUUUAUUAUUAGUUGGGAAAUUGUUGAGACUGAAAGUUUACAAAUGAUUAUGUACAUUCCAUGUUUGCCUUCUUUUAUAUACAAGUAUUGAGUGUAAUAAAGGUUCCAUUUCCCUUCACUUGUUUAUGAGAAACGUUCACCUAGAAUUUAAAAGGUGCUUGCAAA